AUGAGUCCGUGGAGUAACGACCCGAAGCUGAGAGAUGCGGGGUCUUUUGUGAUGACCAGUAUGAUGGAAGAUAUAUCGGGCAUGUCGUUGGCUGUAUUUACGAGACUUCUAGGAUGGGAACGGAUCGAUUUGGAACUGUUUCUGGGGGAGGUGAGGAAAGAGUGGAAGAACGGAAACAUUCACGGAUUCUGGCCUUUAUUUGCUGUUUUUGGCCAGAAGCCGUCAGAUCCAUGA